AUGUACAAAAGUACUACAGUAUUGGGUAUAGAGACGUACCUCUAUACUUCAGUCGGUAUCCGUGAAGGAAGUGAUGUUACAGCAAUGCAAGUAUCUGGAGCAGCCGGAACAGUCAACGGAUCAAAAAUCAAUCUCGUGCCAGGUUUCCCAACCAGCUCAUUAUCGCAACUCCCGCUGCGGGAAAGUGGUACUUGGCGGUAUCCGGAGGUCAACUUAUUCCAUGGCAUAGCAUCUCCCAACACUGACGCCUCAAUUAUUCCCGAGUUUAUUGGUAGCAAUAGCACUCAACCAUGGAGGAUUCAGCUUCCCUAUGCCGGUGGUGUUUUGAGACCCAAUUGGUCCGUUCCCAACAUCUGUAACAGAAGUUCAUUUCUUGGGAAUUCCAACGGCAACAAUGGCUUUGGCGAAAGUCCCAGCAGCGGCUCGACGUCUGGAGGACCCCCUGAUAGGAAUACCCCAGCAGACGAAGCAAUUUGGAGAAAAUGGGCUGCGAUCGCUGGUAUCCCUAUCGAACUAAUUGUCGAAGAGUUUAAUCGAGCAUACUCUUGUCAUGAUAAGAGUGUAUUCGUGUUCUUCCGACAAGAGUUGCGCGUAGUCUUCCUCACUGCUGGCGCCUCUGACGCUGAUGCUUCAAUCGCCCGAGAAUCUUUCUGCUUUUGGGCUCUUGAGAAGUACGUGGCCCAACGUUUGGCUCCUGUCUCCACUUGAGAUCGCUGCUCGCUUUCCUUUCGAGCAUAAUCACUAAAAAUGUGAUUCUCCCUUUUCAUAACAAAUAAAAAAUCAAGAAAAUGUC